GCCCAUAUCAUAAAGGAUUGCCCCUCUCUCUAGGAACCCACUGGGUCUUUGAAAUAGCAAGAGAGCUCCUCGCAGGGAAGAUAAUUGACGAUAACGUCACAAAGAUCCAAGGCUUCAUGGAAAUGGUGCGAGAGGACACGUAUGCCGACCUCCCGUCUCCCAGGUUUCUCAACUCCCAUUUGCUGAUGAAACAUCUGCCAGAUGACGUUCGUAAUAAGAAAAUAAAAGUCAUCUAUGUUCUAAGAAAUCCAAAAGAUGUAGCUGUUUCCUACUAUAACUUCAUGAGAACGCUUCCAUAUUCCAACUUCAAAGGGGAGUGGAAGAACUAUGUGCGACCCUUCUCUCAGGGAAAGUAUAUGUAUGGAUCCUGGAUGGACUAUGUUCUCGACUGGGAGCAAGUGAAAAAAGACAAUCCUGACCUGCCUGUGCUGACUCUCUUCUACGAAGACAUUAAGGAGGAUCAGAUGCGAGAGAUGAGGAGGAUUUGUGAGUUCCUGGAUGUAAAGAGGACGGAUGAUUUCCUGUCCAAAGUACGCGACAACACAACUAUUGCAUCCAUGAGCACUCGCAAGAAGAAGGACGAUAGUAAAAUCAAAGUGUUUAGAAAAGGUGGAGUUGGUGACUGGAAGAACUGGUUCACUGUCGCCCAGAACGAGUGGUGGGAUCAGCUCUACCAGGAGAAGAUGGCCGACUGCCCUCUUCAGUUUAAAUACACUCUGUGAUUUACCGAGACUGUACUUGAGCCCUAAUACGAUCAUAGCUACCCACAUUCAGGACUGUGCACCUUUUACGUCAGUGCCUACAGUGCUGGAGGAGGAAAUCAUUAAUCUGAUAUGAUGAGUUACCAUUACAUUGAUUCUACUCCAAGUCCAAUAAUAUGAGGCUGAAUAUAGCCUUGACCUUUGCUUCAUUGUGACUCAAAGAAACAGAUGUGUCCUUGAUCUUUGCUGCACCAGAUUAGAUAUGUAGGACAGCACUUUUAACAAUAAUUGCAUAAUUACUUUUGACAAACCUCAAUCCUCCCCUGUGACAAACUAGAAUUACAGUAAAAUAAGUGCGAGCUAUAUAAAGCUCAAACAUGUAAAGGGGGCGGUGGGGAAGCCUAAAGGUGAAAGCGUCCGCUCGUCACGCCGAACACCCGGGUUCGAUUCCCCACAUGGGUGCAAUGUGUGAUGCUCAUUCCUGGUGCUCCUCGCUGUGUGACUUUAUAUUCCUCAACUUUGCACCCAUUACAGCGUAAUGUACAGAGGUGGUCAUAACGGAUAGAAUGAUGUAGGGGGAAGAGAAGAUUUUGUGAGGAGUUUCAGUUGAAACAACGAGAGUAGUCCAGUUGUAUCAUGGCGUAUUAGCCUAAUGUGGUAGAAAAGCCGAACAUGAUGCAGGUCUUAAGAGAUUACUUACAUGUUGGUUGAAUCUGUUAAAUCUGUGACAGAUGAGUGAGUGAGUGUGGUUUCACGCCGCUCUUAGCUAUAUUCCAGCAAUAUCACGACAGGGGACACCAGAAAUGGGCUUCACACAUUGUACCCAUGUGGGGAAUCGAACCCGGAUCUUCGGCGUGACGAACGAAUACUUUAACCACUAGGCUACCCCGUGACAGAUGAACAAGUUGUAUGAGAGAUAUUGACAUGACACGUUGGGAAAUGUUUUCCCUUUGCUUUGUGCACACACGUGUGUUUGUAUGUAAACAGAAGUAUUGCUUAUUUAGACUUUCGGCCUGUAUUAGAUAAGUACCGGGUGACCUAUGCUUGUCCUUGAUCAGCCAUCAUCAAAUGGCCACCGCACCACAUUGUGUUAAAUAAAUACAGGACUUUGUUGCUAACGUUU